AUGGACGACACGUGCUUCCUGCCCGAGCAGACGACGACAGUCGACUUCAUCAACACAAUCGAUUUCAUAGCUCGACAUAUCCAACCCUCGGCCUUCACACUAAUCCUCGACCUCUCUUACGAUGAAGAACAUCUUUAUGUGUUUUCUGGCAUUGAUAAUCCUAGCAAGACCUUGAGAAUGAAAUUGGCCUUAUAUCGAUGCAUUAUCGAGCUGGUCACUCCCUGGCUCAGGGGGUUGGGAUUGAAGGAUUUCUUCGUCCAUAUCUCUUGGCCAAUAGAAACCAAUUAUAAUCAUUUUCGUGAUCUUUAUGAGAGUCUCCUCGAGCAAAUGGCCGUGGGACGUGGUUAUGAUAGCUUUGCGCGGGGAAAGAAGCCGACGAGUUAUAAAGGACUACUCGCUUAG